CUUGACCUUCCUUUUUCCUAAGGAACCUCAUCGUCCGUUCCCUGCACUUACGCCAAGCUUCCUGUUCCGCAUCUCUACUCCCAUUGCAACUGCGAAAGAGACUGCAUUGCAAUUGCCAUUCCGGAUUCCUUUCCUCCCUGUUUGCUUUCUUCCUUCACCUCCACUCCACACGCUUUGAGUAUAUAAUAUUUUAUUUCCCACUUUCUUCUUGCACCCAGCAACAACCCCUGUCAACGAAUAAGACGAGACGGAAACUCAGCGCCAGGGAUACGGUAGCAGCAGCCAGAGACACAGUAGCGGCAGCCAGGAGAAUCAACCCUAACCUCUCAGGCAGACCUCGGCCAUGACAACCCUAACGACAACCCAAGGGCCCUCAUUCUUAUUCCAGCCAGACCCAGCUAGCUUCGCUGUCUCCAAGAUUGCUAUCCACGAUGCUUCAACGACUCCUGUCCUCAUCAUGACCAUGGACCCGACCUCCUCGGGAACCUCAAUUCAACACCCUCUCCAGGGCACGCUAGAAUAUACCCAGGAUCCAGAGGCGCUUUGGCAGCAGCGUAAACGACCCGCGUCAUUGAACCUUGCAUCCACACUCACGUCCGCGUCCACGACAGCCGACACGCCUACGCCCACGUCCAUGACGAAAGAAUUGUCGUCACUGUUGCUCAAGGUUCAUGCGAGAGAGAGCCUACGUCUGUCAAUUGAGCUCAAGGGCGAUCUACUGGACCCUGUGCGACCAAGGCCGAGGAGAACACGGACAGAGCCUCGGACACGGGCAGGAAAUCCCUCAGCCACAACGGCGUCACAGACGAAUCCAGAGUCGGGACGGCGCUAUCAGCUUGGGGAUAUUGGUCGAGCACUGACAGCGGCAGUACCAUUGACAGCGGAGCAAACACUGGGUGGCAAGUCUUCGCGGAGCGGUAGUACCGUUUCGGGGGAUUACAAGAUGAUGUCAAUGGGAAUAUUCUCGGAGAGCACAAUCACGAAUUCAAAUGACAGUGCAUGUGCGACGACAGCCUCUGAAGAGGACGAGGCGGAAGACGUGGAGGAUGGAACUGCAACCGGAGUGUAUGCGCCGAGGAUCUAUUUCGCGGAAACAUCGACGGAAAAAGCCAUGCAUGACUUGUGUAGCGAGGCUGCUUUCCAGCAACAGCUUGUUGAGAACCCAGAAUCGAUAUCCAUUGUUAAGACGAUCAGGUCUUUUGAGGAAGAGCUUUCAGCCAAGACGUACACAUGGGACUGGAAUUACCAUACGGAAGAUCGGGCUGGUCAGCAACUGCAGAGCCAUAAAGCAGUAUUUGCUUUCUUAACACGAAACAAGUUGACCGGUGCAUUGGAGAUACUGUCUAUGUUUUCACUUUGGAUUCAGCAUGAACCACCUCCAACAAUUAGCAGCGCUGUGCGGUUUACUUCCUCGUCACCACCAUACACGACAAAGAAGAGCAUGCGUCAUUGGAGGAGGAGCACGACUCCUGAGAAGGGCCCCAACGCCAGUCGGCUAUCAUCAUUUUGGAACAAAUCAUCGCCAGCGUACCCGUCAACCCACAAAUCGGUGCCUAAUUUUCAAGAUACAUCAUCUGGAUUGGGCGCAGGAAAAUCUACGCCGGAGUUAUCCUCGUCGAUUUCCCAAGCCUUUUCCUUACCCCUGGCCAACGAUACAGAGGACGGACCGCUUUUCCGGGCAACGGUGGCGGAAUGUGAGCGGCAUAUCCGAGGCAUGAAGGCGGUCUCCAAAAGGGUCCUGAAGGCCGCACAUGCUGUCCUAGAUACUCAAAAGGCAUGGGUCGCGGCUGAGGAGGCGCUUAUCAAGGAGCUGCAUGGGGUGAAAUCGGCAGAAACGCUCGUCGGGCAGUAUCUGCGCCCAUUCACAGAAAACCUGAUAGAGCAUUCGGAAAUGCUGUCGCGGCAGAUGCAAGAGUUCCUGAUUGAGCCGUUUUCGCGCUUCUAUGGAAUCGAUAUCAAGGCGGCAGAGCUCCAUCGAAAGACGUUUGAAGAAGAGAGCAAGGAUUACUACAGCUACCUCUCACGGUACAUGAGCAUGAAGCAGGAUAAAACUCAGAGGAAGCAGGACGCAGAUGCCAAGCGAGACAAGAAACGACGGCACUUUGAACUUAAGCGAUUGGAAUAUUGGAACUUCCUGAUCGAGAUGAGGGCGAACGGGGCAAAGGACGAUGAGCUGUCUUAUUAUCUGACAAAGUACGCGGAGGAGCAUUGCCAGCAUGUGACUGACAUGGGGGUCAUCGCUAAGGAACUCCAGCCAGAUCUGUCCGCGAUUGUUACGACCACCAAGCAACGCCGGGAACGUAAUAAAGAGCAGCAGCUUAUCAACGAUGCUCAAGCCACGAUCCUGGGCUUUUCUGCGAACUACAACAAAAGCGUUGCCAGCUCCGUGUUGACCCAAUCUAUGGUUACUUCGAACUCGUCGAAUUUCAGCCUGGAUUCGCCAAGGACGCCUGAUUUCCGACAAGAUUCUCCCAAAACUCCUAAUUUCCUACGGGACUCGACCGAUCUUCAACGCGACAUUGAGUCAGUCGCUUCGUCUGCCGUGUAUGGCAACCCACGAGUGAAGAGCGGUAGCUCGCUAAGCAUCACCGGUAUCCGUGAUUUAGAGCAUCAUGAUGUCGACGCAGGAGUCGCUAUGGGAAGACGCAAGGAGGGCUUCUUGUUUGCAACCAGUCGGCCGAGCUCACACAGCUUGGUUGUACUGGAGAAGCCCAGCAUCAACUGGCACAAGUACUGGUGCGUGCUCUCCGAAGGCCAGCUCUAUGAAUAUUCGCAGUGGAGAAAGGGCGUCACCCAACCUCACAAUGACCCGAUCAACCUCCGAAUCGCGACUGUUCGCUCUUGCCGCGAUCAGGAUCGACGAUUCUGCUUCGAGGUGAUUACGCCGAAGUUUAGGAGAGUCUAUCAGGCGACGAGUACCGAGGACAUGAACUCGUGGAUCAAUGUGAUCUCGAACGCGAUCCAUGGACUUUUGAACGGGACGAGUAGUUGCCGGAACCUGCAUCAUGAGUUCAUGAACAGCGGAUACAGGAACUCGGGACAGUCGGAUGGUAAGGGUCUGAUGGCAGGACUUUACGGCGGUAUGGGUCGUCCCAGCAUGGAGCACGUCUUGAAUGCGACAGCAUUACCGACUUCGCUUCAGGAUCGUGUGCUACCUGGUCAAGCUGUCGGAAGAAAGCGUGGAGGGAACACUGCGGAUGGGCUGAGCGAACUGGGACAGAUUAUGACUCCAAUGGCUGCUCAAAUGGGUUCAUCCGACGAUAUACCAAAUGACCUAAACCAGCUCGGGACAAAGCUUUUGAAGGCUAUGCGUGAGUCGCAUCCGGACAACACGGCCUGCGUGGACUGUGGGGCGAAGAAUCCAGAAUGGUGUGUCAUUAAUCUGGGCAUCUUGGUUUGCAUAGAAUGCUCCGGUAUCCAUAGAAGCCUCGGCACACAUAUCUCGAAAGUACGAUCUCUGACGCUCGACACGACCUCGUACACAAAGGACCUUUUUGACUUUAUCCGGUCAGUCGGCAACAAUGUCGCAAACCAGAUCUGGGAGGCCAACCUUGUUCAGCCGAAAACUCAGCUGCAAGGGCCCAUAAGCGAUCGGGAAAUCUCAAAGAUUAUCUUCAGAAAGCCGACUGCGAACGACGCACGAGAGUACAAGGUCAGCUUUAUUCGCAAAAAGUACUCGGAUAAGGCAUUUAUCGUUCGACCUCCGUCUUUUGAUUCCGCCGAUGCGAGGGCAACUGCUACGGAGGCUCUCUUCCGCGCUGUAUCCGCAAACGACAUUCCAGCCGCGCUCGUCGCUUUCGCAGCUGGCGCCAACCUCAACGCGGUUCAAAAAGCGGAUGAUCAGAGUGAUUCUGGACCGUUCUUUGAGUUGCAGGAUCAACCAUUUACUCUACCACUACUUCCACCGAGGAAGAGUGAGGACUCUUUCGGGUUUAGCGACAUUUUAAAUACUAGAACUUUCCCGAUACGUGAUGACAACCUGCUGCAACCGUCCUUCCGUGGAGAGAAGACAAUCUCGGACACCUCGUCGCAGUUUUCAACAUCGACUAUGGGGUCCAAUCCAGUAUCUGCCACAGAGCGGAAGGACGAUGUCACGGAGAUAGAGCAGAAGCUGUUGGCAAGCUUGGAAAUCCGUCCGCGACCUGGAGGAGGCCGUCCUAUCUCAUCUGUCAUGGUCCUCCAGACUACGCCGCUAUUGAUUGCUCUCCGCCAUGGCGUGCCCUUCUCUCUUGACAGCCAAUAUGAAGUGUACCCACUUGCAGAGUUUUUGAUGCUGAACGGAGCGGCGAGCAACAUGAGCAUGGAGGUCAAGUUGUUGAAUGGCGACAUUUUGACUGCGGUGACGGACACCAAACAAGCUGGAUCGAAGAAGGUGCCCAGGGUGCGGUCUGAGGAGCUAACGGAGGGCCUGAUUGAGCGAGACACAAUUCUUCUGCCAUCGAGUUCGAUCGGCUCCCGACUGUCAGCCGGUACAGCAUCGAGUAGUCUGGGGGCUGCCAACUCCAGCAGGGCAUCUCUAAGGAGUUCGAGUUCUAACGAUGCAGAGAUUGACAAGGUCGCAAACAGGCGGAGUGUUGGUCAGAUUGUUGAGCUACGGGGCGAGGAUGGUGCAACCGCCAUGGAGUAUCUUCGAUCGAAGAGUAUUGCUCGAGGAGAGGCGAUGCCAACUUUGUCAUUUAUGCCGUCUUCGAUGAUGUCGGGCCUGAAUAACGCAUCAAUGAGCAGACCUCAAUCUUGGCAAGAUGGGGCCAGACUUCGUCCGAGUAGUGCGGAGGAUAUAAACCUCACGAGCGUGCCUGUGUCUUCGGUGUCAAGCCCCCUGAUCAACAAGUUGACACUUUCGCCGCGACUGCAGCCAUCGAAAUCCGCUAUGGCUAUUCCGACGACAGUAUCGUUUCCGCCCUUGUCAAAUACUUUAGAUGGAGCGGCUGGGUCAACGCGUCCUCAGCACCCACCAUCGUCGUCUACUCAGGAUAUCUCAUCUCUCUUUCAGAAGAGGCGCGAUAGCGAUAGUGGUGUCGGUACAGGUCUCUUUGCGACGUUGAGGACAUCGACGCCCAAGGACAAGGAACGUGCGGCUGCAAAGGCACAGGCAAGGCGAUCGGGCGAUUUCUCAAUGUUCCGACCAGGCUCGACUAGGUCCCUCUCGCUGCUGUCAGACUCGAGUAGUCUUCAUGCGGAUUCGCCGCCACCACCACUGGUACCACAGCCACUUUCGGCGAACGGAAUAUUGUCGUUUCCGGAGGGCCAUCGUUCCAUCACUUCCGGUAUCGGUUCAGGGGCAGUGGAGAGUCGGAUGAGUCAUCCGCCUAGUAGGACUCAGAAGGUGAAGGCGAGUCUGACAAAGAGCAUUCGGUUGUCGGCAACAUACCUGAAGAACAGCAUCAUGAAGGAAGACAAGGAGCCGGUCCCUACUGUUUUGAACUCGGCUGAGAAAAGCAGUGGUGGGGCUAUAAGGUCGAAUAUGCGAAUCGAUGGUACUAUUCCGACGGCACGCAUGAGCGGUUAUGGCCAUAACGAUGGCGGUGGCGGCGAGCACGGAAGCGAGAGGCAAGAGGGAGACGAUGGGGAGGAGUUGACGAUAGCGGAGUUGUUGAUGCGACAGGAUGAGCUGGAGCAGAAGGAGCGAGAGAGGCGACUGCGUCGAAGGUCGAAUAAGAGUUCGAUGGGGCCAGGAAUGGGCGUUUCGAGCCGGGCGGCGGCGAGGUCGUUUUUUAGUUCGACGGCGUAUUCGUCUACACCGGAGCUGUCGCAGAAACCACAGCAGUAGCGCCUGAAAACGAGGGCGGAGAACUGGACGAGAGAAUAGCCUUGCUUGCUUGAAUAUAUGUAGUACCUUAAACACUGUAAAUAC